AUGUCGAACCUCCCGCGCUCCCAGCCGUCGCAAUCGCGCCUCAGCACCGUGCCCUCGCAGAAGCCGCGUCAACUCUCGCACCUACAAGCGCAACUCGCGCAACUGACGGCGAAUAUGGCGGAUCUGGAGAGCCUGAUGAGGAUGACUGCAGGCCAGGCGCAGGAUAUGCGGGGAUUGGGAGGGUAUGCCGGUGGAUUUAGAUUCAUGGCCGCUUCGAAAGUCCUGGGCGAAGAGACGGUUAAGGGAGGGGAUGACAAGGGCGGGAAAGAUAGCGAGAAGUGA